AUGUCAGGAACAAUACUGAAAACCUCUCGAGUGACCAGAAAGGCGGCGGCAGCAGCAAACCUGAAACGCACCUACUUCAUUGAACUCAGCGAGGCUUACUUCGGACGUCUCCCUUCUUCGCCUCUCCUUCCUUCUCCCCCGCUCUCUCCCGCGGGCCUGACACGCACGCUCCGAACUUACUUCUUUCUGACUCUCUGGAUAGGGGAAGCGCCAUCUUUGCGAGGCCGGCCCCGAGGUCUUUUGUCUGUGGCGGCUGCCGUGGGGGGAACUCCAGGCUCGGGGAGUUGUGGCGGCGGCGGCCCUGGCUGCUGUGGCUGCUGCUGCUCCGCCGCCCGCGUCAGGCUCUGCUGCUGCUCCUCGGCUGACAUCCUAGUCAGCAGGACGACACAUGGGGGAGGAGGACGACGACGACGAGGGGCUGGCGGGGGGGAAGCCGCCGCCGCUGCUGCUGCUGAGCCCGACGCUCCUCCUGCUCCGGUUGCUGCCGCCGCGGCUGUUCUCCCUCUUCGCCUUCGCCUUCGCCGCCUCCUUCUCCUCCUCCGCCUCCUCUACCUCCGCCUCGCAUUGCUGGCCUCAGCCGCCGCGGACCAGCGCGCAGAUCGUCAGCGUACAAAAGGCAUGAAUGAAGUCGGCGACUCUGAAUUAUCCGAGGAACGAUUCUGACGUAAACACGUUUCCUGUGCAAAAGACUGCUGCCGAAUACCCGUGUGGACAAGGCAACAUCGCUGCUUAUUUGCAAGGGAAGAUCAACGAGCGAGAGAGAAGACUCCUGCCUGACAUAAUUUUUUCCCUGAUUCUUUAAAAAUGUGUUUCUCUACAGCAGGAUUCUGAGGUGUUCAAAAGCUUGCUUAAUGGUUUGUGUCACUUUGG